AUGGCGACCCUAACAAAAUCCCUCCUUUCCGCUCUCCCAGCACCCAAACAAUCUUCGACCAAUGAUGCUGGUCCCAAAAAACCAGCUGGCCCUAGAAUCGUCGGCGCCAACAGCGCCGAAUCACAGCUCGUAUUGAAGCGUGCGGGACCACCUCCAUAUGGCCAACGCGCUUCAUGGCGACCCAAAUCCGUCGAAGACUACGGCGACGGUGGCGCCUUCCCCGAAAUCCCCAUAGCCCAAUACCCCCUCGAAAUGGGCCGAAAAGCCACCGCCUCCAAAUCCCGUAAUAACGCUUUAGCCCUCGAAGUCGACGAACGGGGGAUUGUAAAAUACGACGCGAUAGCGAAGCAGGGUCAUAACGACAAGCGAAUUGUUCACGCGUCGUUUAAAGACCUUAUCCCCCUCCGACAACGUGCCGAUGUUGGUGAAAUCUCGUUGGAAAGACCAUCUGAAGAGGAAGUUGCGGAGCAAACCGAGAAGACUAGGGCAGCACUUGCGAAACUUGUUGCCGGAGCGGUGGCAGCGCAGAAGCCGAAGAAUAUCAAGGGGACGAAUAGGCCGGAGCCGACGUUUGUGAGGUAUACGCCUGCAAAUCAGAUGGGAGAGACAGGGAAGAAGAAUGAUAGGAUCAUAAAGAUUGUAGAAAAACAGCAGGAUCCAAUGGAACCGCCAAAGUUUAAACAUAAGAAGAUCCCAAGAGGGCCACCGUCACCACCGCCACCGAUUAUGCAUUCCCCGCCUAGAAAAUUAACGGCAGCGGAUCAAGAGGCUUGGACUAUCCCACCACCGAUCUCGAAUUGGAAGAAUCCAAAGGGUUAUACGGUUCCACUGGAUAAACGGUUGGCAGCAGACGGUAGAGGAUUACAGGAUGUUACUAUCAACGAUAAAUUUGCGCAAUUUUCGGAAGCAUUGUUCAUUGCAGAUAGGCAUGCUAGAGAGGAAGUUAAGUUGCGUUCGACGAUGCAGCAGAAGCUCGCAGAGAAGGAGAAAAUGGCAAAGGAGGAGCAAUUGAGAAAGUUGGCGCAACAAGCUAGGGAUGAGCAUAGGGCUACCGCGAGAGGAAGGAUCGCUGAUCGUUCGUCGAGGUCACCGUCUGGUUCCGAACGCUCGGAUAGCAGGAGUAGAAGUCGGACCCCCAGACGGAGAAGAUCGAGUUCUAGAGGGUCGGAAUCCGAUGAAGAAAAGGCUAUCAAGGAACGAGAAGAGAUGAGAAGGGAAAGACGUAAGGAAGCGGAACGAGAGCUAAGAAUGAAACGAAUGGGUACGGAACGCCGUGUACAGAUGUUAGCCCGAGAGCAGAAUCGUGAUAUCGGCGAGAAGAUGGCAUUGGGACUUGUUUCGAAGCCCACACAAUCUGCGGAAUCGAUGUUUGACGCCCGGUUAUUCAACCAGAGCAGCGGGUUGGGCAUGGGGGCUGAGUUCAACGAAGACCAGCAUUACGAUAAGCCACUGUUCGCAGCAGCUGAGAUUUCAAGAAGCAUCUACCGACCCUCCGCAGGUCAUCAAGAUGACGACGAAGGCGAUGGUGAUAUGGAGCGAUUCUCGAAGGAGAAGAGAUUCGAUGUAUUAGGCCGUGGAGUCUUCAAGGGGGCUGCAGACCAAGAAGCCAGAGAAGGGCCGGUGCAGUUUGAGAAAGAUACGUCCUCGGGCGUAGACCCCUUCAAUGUCGAUGCAUUCUUGGCGGAUGUCAAGGCUGGACAGCAGAAGAAACAUGGCUUGGAAUUCUCAGACAGACAUAAGGAUACGAAGAGGGCUCGUGUCGAAUCUGACGAGGAAGACUGA